GCAAUGGACCGCAACGAAUGCCGUGGAAUUGAACAUAAAGCCCUGCACCUACCAUGGGUACGCAAAUACAUGGAGAUCCGUGAGACGAAACUUUGCGACUGGGUAUCAACUUUCCACCCCGAGCGGCUCAACUGCCACACCGUGGAGCCCAGUGCGACGACUGACUCUCGCGGUGCGUUCAACAUAGUCUGCAAGAUCAAAUUCGACACCACAGGAGAGACUUGGGCCGUCCGAUUCCCUCAACACAGCAUCGACUUGUCCAUCUCAGAUGAGAAAGUGGAGGCUGAGGUCGCCGCCAUCAACAUCGUCCGCGAGCAGACCGACAUUCCCGUGCCUGAAAUCAAAGCAUGGGGUCUUGCACGCGACAAUCCUCUCGGCCUCGGCGCAUUCAUGAUCAGCGCUUGGGUUGAUGGCAUCCCCGCGGCCGACAAUCUGAUCAAGGCACGAGGUCCUGGAGUUUCCAGACUGAUCGACGAGGAUGUCUCGGUCACGACCCUCGAACAUCUCUGGAGACAGAUAGCGCGCUUCAUUCUCCAGAUGUCUCGUAUCAACUUUGAUGUCAUCGGUAGCUGCAGCAAGCCAUCUCGCCGGCCAUGGACCCUCAAACUGUAUGACAUUAUGGAGUCUGGCGUUCUACCAUCCUGGCCGUCGUGUAAGACCUUCACCUCUACCGUUGAAUACUUCAACCUCAUCGCCGACCAUGAUCUGCGGCAACUCCAUGACCAACCAAACUCCGUCGACGACGAAGACGACGCACGGCAGAAGUACAUCAAUUGGACCGUCAUGCGGCAGCUUGUCCCUCGCUUCGUUACCGCCGACCAUGGCCCCUUUAAAAUGAUCUGCGACGACUUCGGUCCUAUGAACAUGCUGGUCAACAACGACACCGACCUCGAAAUCGUCGCUGUCAUUGAUUGGGAAUGGACCUGGGCCGGUCCGCCCGAGCUCUUCUGGUCGCCGCCUCUCUGGCUCAUUGGACUACAAUCCGUGUCUUGGGCCAAUCACGAUGAAGACGCAUGCUUGGAGCGAUAUCUACAGUCGCUGGACGUUUUCAUCCGGGUGCUCGCAGAAGAGGAGACAAAGAUUGCACAUGGUUACGAUUGUUGGGAAGCAAAGCAGGUUGUACAAAACCUCUGA